CAAAAAAAAUAUGACUGAUGUGGAAAUCUAAGCAUUUUUUUUUUUGCAAAUUUAACAUAAAUAAUAUUGUUUAACUAAUAUUUCUAAAAGGGGAAUUUUUAAUAAUUGAAAAAUCAUUUUCUGAUCACAGUUGCCAUAGAAACGGUGUCAAAACAGUGAAAAAAAAAAUUGAUUUUCUUUUGUGUAAUGCGUGUGAUAUGUGUUACUUUUGUUUUGUCGGCUUAUUGUUGUUUAUUAUAACGUUGAGUGUUUUUAGUUUUUAAUUGAAUUGUAUUAGAAAAAUAAUAAAAAAAAAGACAAGAAGAAAAAGAAGAAAGUUUAAAGAAAAAUAUACAAAAUGGAAGAAUCUAAUGAUAAUAUACCUCGUCAAUCGGAAAUUAAAGGACAAGCGUGGCAAAAAUUAUCUAAACAAGCGCCUGUUGUUGAUGAGGCAAAAUUAGAUACAAAUUUUGAAAUUCUCGAAGAUGAAGAUGGAGAUGCAGAAUCACAACAAGCUACAUAUCAAAUACGACCAAAACUUUCUGAAAAGUUUAAAACUUUAAAUGCAAGGGAGAUAAUACACAAUGUAUUGUACGAUCAACUAUCAACAAAAACUUUCAAUGAAGCGGAAGCUUAUCAAUGGAGUAAGGAAAUAGCGGAUAUAAUAAAAUAUAAAAUGAGGGAAUUUAAAUCCAAUGAAUACAAAUACAUUGUAAACGUUGUUAUGGGCGAACAACGUGGCGCAGGUGUAAGAAUGGGCGCGAGAUGUUUUUGGGAUGCUGAAGCUGAUAGUUAUGCUUUUGAUAAGUUUGUAAAUGACUCGUUAUUUUGCGUUGCUACAGUUUAUGCCGUACAUUAUUAUUGAGAUGCUCUAAUUUAAAACAAAAAAAAGAAAGAAAAUCAAACAGGACAUUUAUUUAACUGGAAGACAACAUUUUUUUAUUUGAAAGGAUCUACAAUAAUGCGCCAUUUUUAAAAAUUUCUAAUUAUCGUUAUUUUUUUUUAACAUUUAACAUUAUUUUUCACUGCAAAGAUACACCAAAGUCACAAUGCUCUCUUUACAUAUGAUUAUUAUUAACGGGAAACAUAUAUUUUGCGUUCAAUUUGUGAAACGCAUUCGACUUCUUUUUUUGUGUGUGUGUGUGCUUAUUUAUUAUUAUUAUUAUUAUUAUUAUUAAUAUAUGUAUUAUAUAAUAUUAUUAUAGCACUAUAAUUCACGGUCUCAGGUUUACGAAACUAUGAUUAAAAAUAAAAAAUUAGUUGAAAUGAAUAAGUAACAA